GAUGCAUUGAAGUAUUCAUAUAAAUAUGCAUCAUGGUCUUGCAGAUCUGAUCAACGGCGAGUUCCCUUCUUGAUUCGACCCGUCAUGGCAUCUCAGAGCCCCAAAUCCCUUGCCCUCUUCCUUCUCUUCAUCAACCUCCUCAUGUACGCGAUCGUCGCCGCAGUCGCUGGUUGGGCUCUCAACUAUGGCAUCGAGGAGACACCUCGUGCAGCUUCCGGUUUAUCGGUGCCUGCUCGAUUGUUCCCGAUCUACUACCCGAUCGGGAAUCUGGCAACCGGAUUCUUCAUCAUCUUCUCCCUCAUCUCCGGAGUCGUCGGAGUCGCCACCUCGCUUACCGGCUUGCAAGACGUCGCCGAUGGGAGUGCGUCCAACUUAUUAUCAGCUGCAGCCGCCUCCGUCAUCACUUGGGGCCUCACUCUUCUGGCCAUGGGGUUGGCAUGCAAAGAGAUCACCAUCGGUUGGAGGAGCUCGAGCCUGAGGACGUUGGAAACGCUCACGAUCAUCUUGAGCGGCACUCAGCUGCUGUGUUCAGGCGCCAUCCAUGCCGGUGUUCCAGCCACCAUCUCACUUUACUGGACAGGAAGAGUCUGAGAUCUCAAAGUCCGAUACAUGCUAUAUAUAAACCAUGUCAUUUCUUUUCCCAGAUUUCACCUCCAUUUGUCAUGUAUGGGUUGUAACUGAAGCAUAGGGCUCCAUUAAAUGAAUUGUCCGAAGAUAUUUAUGAAAAUAAUGUAUGAUUAAAGAAAAUUCAUAAUGACACCUGUGCCUAUGACAUCAAAUGGAUCCCACCGAAUAAACCAAUAACUGGGCAGUAACAUGGCGAAAAAGCGCCACGGAGGAGUAAUUAAGGCGAUCGCAACAUAAAAUACCAGUUUAAAUGAAAAUGCGCUAUGUUGGCUCUUAGAUAACACGGCUUUUGAAAGGAGAGUCUAAUUAGGAAACAUGAUGAAGUAUUAUCCUCGUGUUAGAUUUUAACAUAUAUUUCUUGUUCAGUUCAUUGUCAUCAGAUAGGUUCUUGAGACUUCGCAUUCGUUCUAACGUCGGCACGAUAGCCAUGAGGGUGUCCAAGGGAAGCUCGGUGGAGGUCUACAAGUGGAAGGAAGGUUCCCAUUCAUGGAGCACCGCCCGGGUCCUCUCAGGCAACGGCCACACGUAUUUCCUCUGGUACGAUCGCUGCCCGACGGACAGGCCGCUGGUUGUGGAAAGAGUGCCGAGGAAGUUCCUCAAACCCCCGCAUUUGCCGAUCAGAGGCCUGUUCAUCGACUAGGCUCCCUAAGAUGUCAUGGAGGCAAUCAAGGAUUGUACCUAGUAUCCUGCGGUGGUGGUCUCAGUCAUGGCCGUCGGUCGCUUCUAUUAGAUUUUGUGACCUUGUAUAAUUAGAUAAGAUAUAUAAUAUAACUAAUUGGGUUCCGUUGAAAUAUUUUUGCCAAUACAAUAGAACUCCACUUACGAAACGA